AUGUUUCACGACUUUGAUCAAAUCCAGCACUUUUGCAUCUUUGGUUAUGAUCAAAUUAGUCAGGUGCAAAGGAAGUCAGAUGGGCUGGCUGUAGCUAUGAAAACUGAUGUGUGCACCCAACAAUCUAGAUCAAUGGCUCCCAUAUUGAAUGAUUUAAUCAAUUUAUUACCUCAGCUUAAUCACCCUGCCAUAGUUACCUUUGUUGGUCAUAUGGUUAAUCCGAAUCAACUCCACUUUGUCUUUGACUAUGAUCCUCAAAUCACCUCCCUUGAGGCGCAUCUAAACAUCAAGGAGUUCUCUGAAGAAGAAAUCAGCCACUGUGCUGUGCAGAUUGUAGGAGCCUUGGGCAUCCUGUUGAUGCCAGGAUCCAUAAUCAAACUUGUCAACUUCCAUCCAAUAACUAUACUGGAUGUCAAUGGUCUGACUUCUGGGGAUUAUUGCCCCUGUGAAGAUUGGGCACCAGAGAUUCUAGAAGGCGGUGACUAUGGUAUGUAUGUGGAUUGGUGGGCAUUAGGUGUCUUGAUGUACUACUUGAGCACCAAGGACAACCCCUUUAAUCCCAGCGCACAUCUGUCAUGGUUAGAAAACCCAAUUCUAACACAAAGGGUCAUGAUCCAGUCACAUGUGACCAAAGGCAUGCAACAAGUGAUUUACCUCUUACUCAAAAAAGAACCCACUGAGCACAUAUCUUCUGAGGUCAAACUCAGAAACAUCCCAUUUUAUGCAAAUGUAUGA